AUGACUAGCAACAGACAAGAGAACAGCGAUACAGCCUCAGAAGAGAAACCAGGAGAAACCCUGCUGAGGUGUCUGAGACAAGUAGGAACACACGAUCAAGGCCCACUACCCACCGUUACGGAACAACCAAACGGGCUUAGCUUCAACCCGAAGAAAUUGAAGCUAUGUACCCACCAGUACCCACCGGAAUUACUCCUACACAUGAGCAUGUCCCUCGUCACAGCCUCCACCACCUACCGCCACCCAUCCUGCCACCGCUUGGGCCAGCUCACACCGCCCUGCUCAACUUCCUCCAACACCACCAUCCGCCCUUGGAGCCCAUCCUCAACCCUGAUCCUCAGCGGUGGUCGAUCCACGUCAUCUGCCAGAGUAUCGAAUCCAAAAUCAGUUCUGCUCCUCAUCACUCACAACACCAGUGGAGGCAACCGACUCAACUUGGACUUCCUGGCCCACAUCGCCUCCAUGUCCAUCGGACUUGAUCGCCGGCUGAAGCACCAACACCCAAAAACAACACCACAAACUUACCCCUGCCUUGAUCUCAAACACUACCGGCCGGCGAACCCAAAUCUACCCUCCAAAAGCGCGCAGAACACUUCAAGCAACUACCCAGUAAACUUGCCCGGGUCACCAUCCCACUGA